AUGCCAUCCACGAACAGCCGGUCAGACCAGGGCAAGCAAAAGGAGCAGCCUGGAGACGCGGUAUUUCCAGCCGAUCAAACACCAGCAGGCAACAAGAAGCCCAACUUUCCCAAGUCCUGGCGUUUCUACGCCAUCUUAACCACGCUGUCUGUCACCGGUCUGCUCACCACGAUCGAAGGCACAAUCAUCACCAAUGCCCUGCCAACCAUCACCGCCGCACUCGGGGGUGGCAGCUCGUCCCUCUGGAUUGCCGAUGCCUAUUUCCUCGCCUCCGUUGCGACCCUUCCUCUCUAUGCCCAGAUGAGCAACAUUUUUGGCCGUCGCUCGAUGUUACUGGCCUCGGUGGCAAUCUUCGUCUUGGGCAGCGGCUUGUCGGGCGGCUCGAGCUCCAUGGCCAUGUUGAUUGCCUCACGUACCAUACAGGGCCUCGGGGGUGGCGGCAUCAGUCUGCUCAUUGAGACAGUUGUCCAGGACCUGGUCCCACUCCGCGAACGAGGCAAGUACAUGUCGGUGGUGCUCAUGUUUAGCACUCUCGGAGCGGCGCUGGGCCCGCUGUUGGGCGGCCUGAUUGCAAGCAAGACUACCUGGCGUUGGGUCUUCUAUAUCAAUGUUCCAGUGGGAGGAGCGGCACUUGUUGCGCUCUACUUCUUUCUGCGUCUGAAUUACCGUCGCGACCAGACCUGGAAGCAGCGUGUGAGCCGCAUCGACUUUGUAGGCAACAUGAUAUUUAUUGCGGCCAUGGCCGCCAUGAUCUUGGCCUUGACGUGGGGGGGUACAGUUUACAGCUGGAGCAGCUACCGGAUCCUGGUAGCUCUGAUCUUGGGAUUCAUCGGUCUGUUUAUCUGGACUGGAUUUGAGUGGACGCCCAAGUUCGCCCCAGAACCGUCGUUCCCACGCAAGAUUGUCUCGAAUCGCACUUCGUCCGCUGCUCUCAUUUUGACCUUCCUACACUCGACAAUCACCUACUGGAGCUUCUAUUUCCUCCCCAUCUACUUCCAGGCCGUCAAAAACCGAUCGCCCUUGGCCUCGGGAGUCGACACUUUGCCCACCUUUGCCGGAAUUAUCCCUUUUGCGAUUAUGGGCGGCGUGCUGCUGUCCAAGACUGGCCGGUAUAAGCCGUUGCACUUUGUUGGGUUUAUUCCGAUGAGCAUCGGCUUUGGUCUAUUCAGUACGCUGGACGAGAACUCCAGUGACGCCGCCUGGGUCUGCUACCAGCUGCUAUGUUCUGUUGGUGCUGGGAUGCUCGCAGGUAUCCUGCUGCCCGCCGUCCAGGCGCCACUGGACGAGAGCGACGUGGCGACCGCGACCGGCCUGUGGAGCUUCGUCCGUGGGUUUGGGGCCAUCUGGGGAGUCACGAUACCAGCGGCGGUGUUUAAUAAUGAAGCUUCCAAAUACGCUGUCAUGGUGAGCGAUGCUGCCGUUGCACAGAAGCUGUCUGGCGGGAAAGCCUACGAGUCUGCCACGCAGGAGUUCCUCAACACCAUCAGCGAUCCAGCAGUGAAGGCCGAAGUCAUCCGAGUUUUUGCCAGAUCAAUGCAGACCGUUUGGUAUGUCUGUCUGGCGUUUUCCCUGCCAGGAUUGAUCAUCACGCUCUUUGAGAAAGAAGUGACGCUGCGUCAAGAUCUCCAGACCGAGUUUGGCAUAGAGGACAAGAAAGACCCAGCUGCCUUUGGAAUGGAAUUGCCAGGUGUCGAGGCCGACGCAGUUCGCUCGCCAGCAUAA